AUGAGACUGUAUCCGGCCCUCGGGCCCUUUUUGCUCCUGGCAGCCCGCGUCGCUGGCCAGGCCCUCGACAGCGAAAUCGAGAACAUUCUAUCCAGACCAACUUUCGCCGACGCCACAGUCGGAGUUAAGAUCCGGGAUCUCAGUAUCGACGAAGUAAUCUACACCCUUAAUGAAGACGUCUCCCUUACGCCAGCUUCCAACCAGAAACUCGUAACCUCCACCGUGGCACUUGCUAAUCUGGGCCCCGACUUUGUCUACAACACGACGGUCGUCGCGACCUCAGCAAUAGGCACAGAUGGCACCCUCGACGGCGACCUCUGGCUGGUCGGAUCAGGCGACCCGUCCCUGAACUCCAGUCGGCUAGCAGAUAUAGCCAAGGAGAUCGUCGAACAGACGGGACUGAAGAAGAUCACGGGUCGCGUGUACGGCGACGGUACCGUCUUCGACCGAGACCUCCUCCCGGUGGGCGUCCACCCCGACGACGAGGCACUCUACUACGCCGGUCAGGUGGCCGGUCUCAACUGCGACAUCAACGUCGUCUAUGUCACCGUGGCUCCGGGCGAUGCCGUCGGCGAUCCUGCCAAGGUGACGGUGAACGGGCUAGCACUGGAGGACGAGGCGUACGUGGAGAUCCGAUCCAGCGUCGACACGGUCGAGGCCGGCACAGGCCAAGGCGUCUCGUUUGACAGGUUGAGCGGAACCAACACCAUCGUUGUGGUGGGAUCUCUGUCGCUCGGUAUCAACCCACCGGCGUACCUGACUGUUACGAUUCACGACCCCACCGCCUACGCAGCGUAUCGGUUUGCCCUCGCUUUGAAGGAUGCGGGUGUAGAUGUCUCCAGAAUGCCGACCGAGCCGAAGGAGGCACCGGAUGAUGCGACUCGGACGCAGCUUGCUUCAUCCACUUCGGAGCCGCUGUCCGAGAUUCUCAAGCACUUUCUGAAAAACACCGACAAUGUGUACGGCGAGGUUCUCCUCAAGACGCUCGGAGUCGCAGCAGAUCCCGACACGCCGGGGAGCCGCGAGGGGGGCGUCGGAGCCGUGCGGGCAUACCUAGACGAGGAGGCCAUCGACACCUCCGGGGUGGAGACAGUGGAUGGAUCGGGCUUGUCGCAUUCGAAUGACCUGACGGCGCGGUUCCUCGACAACCUUCUCCUACAUAACCGCAGGUCGGUUCCAGAAGAGGAGUGGGACGUUUUCUUCGAUGCUCUCGCCAUUGGUGGGGUGGAUGGGACGUUGAGCGGGCGGUUCGUCGAGACCCCUCUGGUGGGCAAGGUCCGCGCGAAAACCGGCACGCUCUCGGGUGCCUCGGCUCUGUCUGGCUAUCUCUCAGCAGAAGGCGACAAGGAGUACAUCUUUUGUAUCCUGAUGAACGGCUUCACUGAUGCCACGGAGGCUCGGCAGGCGCAGGACGACAUCGUGACGGCUUUGUACAAUCCAGAAACAUGUCAUAGAUAA